GCUUAUUGGUUAACGCACGUUACGUGUCGCGGAUCGUUUUGUAGGUUGCUUGCUUCGCAUUUUCCAUCAAUUUGUGCAUAAACACGAGUUACGUGCGCGUUAGGCUUCCAUUCUGUAAGUGUGUCUAGCGUAUUCGCAUCCAGGCACGCAACAAGUAUAGGUGAAUCGGGGCACGCUAGUAAAAAUAAUUGUUUAUUUGUAAAGGGAGUUCCGCGAAACUUGCAAAUCACGUAUCGUCGUAUUAGUGAAGUGAUGGUGAACUCGACGAACAAGUCGGUUCUUCGAUAGUGAAAAUUAUUAAUCGAGUAAACCGAGAAAAACCGACUGUUGCGUAAACAUCCUAUUUGUGACAAUAAGCGACGAUAUCACGCAGUUAUUUUAAACACGUAAAAACUUUGCUCGAAUUACCAGUGAAUUUGUACGAUUACGGACACGAUAAUUUCGUACUUCUAAGACACGCGACCUUCUCUAUUUAAAGAUAUUCAGACGACCGCGCGUGUUGGUGAUUCUAACCUCGUUCUCGUUAUACAAAAGCAUACCGAGUAAAGACGUCUGUAGGCGUACAAGGCUAAGAAGCCAAGAGUUUAAGAUCUGCGUCUUUGCCACUUGGAAAUUUCACGAUGGGUCUGGGAAAUAAGAUGUCCGAAGAGAAUCCAGAGAUGCGGGAAAUGGCAGCACGUAUAUGUCGCGAUUACCUUCACGGUGUCUGGAAACACGUUACCGCGGAGAACAUUACGCUGAAACGUAUCAGCGGUGGGUUGAGCAAUUGGUUGUACAACGUUCAAUUACCGGAUGGAGCUGUUCCGAUUCGUGGCGAACCUCGUCAGGUUUUGUUACGAUUAUACGGCCAAGUACACGGAGAGCGGGCUUUGGAAGGACUGAUCACCGAAUCGGUGAUAUUCACGUUGUUGUCGGAAAGACGUCUCGGGCCCAAGUUGCACGGUAUAUUUCCCGGUGGUCGCAUAGAGGAAUACAUUCCUGCCAGACCGUUGCUUACCAAGGAAUUGGCAGAUCCAACUUUAAGCUCGAUGAUCGCCGAAAAAAUGGCUCAGAUUCAUACGAUGCAAGUCCCGAUAAGCAAGGAACCGACUUGGCUUUGGGACACCAUGGCCAAGUGGUUGGACACUACUACGGACAUACUCGAAAACGUCGAAGAUAUAGACGUUCGACAAUUGAAGAACGUCAAUACGAUACGGACGAUUGAUCUAGAUCACGAGAUUAGUUGGUUCAAAUCUCUCGUAACACGCCAGAAACAUCCGGUAGUCUUUUGUCACAACGAUAUGCAGGAAGGUAAUAUACUGUUGCGACAAAACACGCGAAAACCGGAACUGGUUCUUAUCGACUUUGAAUAUUGUUCUUACAACUACCGAGGAUUCGAUAUAGCAAAUCAUUUCGUGGAAUGGCAGUACGAUUAUACAGCGGCCGAAUAUCCCUUCUUUCACGAGCGCACAGGAUCCGGACCUACCAAAGAGCAGAAGAUCAACUUUAUAAAAAGUUACUUGAAAACGAUCGGCAAAGAAGGAUCGUCGGAAGAGGAGCGCAUCAUGAUGGAAAUCAAGGUAUUUUCGUUGGCUAGUCACUUAUUUUGGGGCUUGUGGAGCAUCGUCAACGCCAAACUGUCGGAAAUUCCAUUUGGGUAUUGGGAUUAUGCAGUUUCUAGAUUAAAGAACUAUCAGUACUUGAAAGAGAAAAUUAUAGUAUCCGGCCCACCAACGAUAGACAACGAUGUCAGCGACAGAAAGAUAACCGUGGUCGAUUGAAAACGCUCAAUGCUUGAUUCUCACGGCAUCGAGUAUUUACUCUGCGAGAAAUUUGCCCGCAACAUUUUCACGUGCUCGUGACCAUCUUGUCAGGAAAUUCUGGUGUAUCGCUAUUUCGUUACCAAAAAUUGUGAUACAUGUUUUAUGAUUUUAAGCUGGAAAGCGAGAGAGAAUGAGAGUGAGAGAAGAGUGGGAGAGUCGAGGGGACAGUGGCACGAGUGUAAUCGACCCAGAAAUGGGACAAGUUCGGAGCUCGAAAUGAGAGAGAGAAAGAGAGAGAGAGAGAGUGGAGAAAAGAAAAAGACGAUGCUUUACGAAUUACAAAUGUGAUAUAGAAUAAGUAUAGACAAAGAGGUGCACAAUAUUACUUUGUCACCGUAAACUUUUUCAGGGAAAUGUUCCUUAAUUUCCAAGUCAGGCUAUUGACACAUUAGUCUAAUAUUGGAAGUCGGUAACGUUGGAUGCCCUUAUAAUUUACAAACGUAUUGUACGUAUGAACAUGUACAAGCACGCAUGUACACAUAUACGCGUAUGCGCGUAUGUAUGUGUGUAUAGCUGAUUCAUACAUAGUUACAAUUUCGUUGUACCUGGAUUGGAUCAUUACUAAUUACAUUUGGAAUGGGAAUUUUGUACGCUUAAUGUUAAGCAGCAAAUCGUAUCUUGAUCGUGUAACACGUAUGUAUGUGUGUAUGUAUGUAUGUAUGCAAGUAAGUAUGUAUGUAUGUAUGUAUGUAUGUACUUAACUAUGUUUAUCUCGCUUUUCUUGCACGAUCGAAGAAUAUUUAGAUAAGAAAACACCGUAAAGAUUAGUAUGCUGACAGUUAUUAUCGAAUAAAUCUUGGAUCAGUUUCGGUAUCGACGUUUCCUCGUCAAAUUUGGUCGAUAUUUUCUCUCGAAAUUUAGUUACGCUUGCGUUUUAUUCGUAAUAUUUUUACGAUUGUCGUGUGCAUUUUUCAUAUACGACACGCUACUCAGUGAUCGAAAAAUAAUAUUUUAAUAAAGUUGAAACAAAUAUUUUA